GAUAAGACUCACUCUCUCUCUCUCUCUCUCUCUUCUUGGUGAGAUCUCAGGAAUCACUUAGUCAUGGCUGACUCAGAGGAAGUGGUGGAGGAGGAAGUACAGGAAGUGGAGGAAACCGAAGAGGAAGUGGAAGUGGCGCCUCCAUCAGAGGAAGAACCAGCCCCUGAGGUGGAAGAGCCUCCGGAAGUAGAAGAGGAGCCAGAACCUGAACCAGAAGAAGCCCCUGUAGAGGAGGAGGCCGCAGAUGAGACAAAACCAAAGCCGAAAUUCAUGCCCAACAUCACUGCUCCAAAGAUUCCUGAAGGAGAUAAGGUGGACUUUGAUGACAUCCACAGGAAGCGUCAGGAGAAGGAUUUAUCUGAGCUUCAGUCUCUGAUUGAGGCUCAUUUUAUCCAGAGGAAGAAAGAUGAAGAGGAGCUGAUCGCUCUGGUCAACAGAAUCGAGAAGCGUCGCACAGAGAGAGCAGAGCAGCAGAGAGUCCGUUCAGACAAGGAGAAGGAGAGACAAGCCCGCCUGGCCGAAGAAAAGGAGAGAAGAGAGCUAGAGGAACAGAGGAAGAAACAAGAUGAAGAUGCCAAGAAGAAGAAAGCUCUAACCAACAUGACACACCAGUACGGAGGAAUCCAGCAGAAGGGCGAGGGUCGCAAAGGGGCGAAGAAACAGACGGAGAGAGAGAAGAAGAAGAAGAUCCUGGCGGAUAGGAGGAAGCCAAUCAACAUCGAUCAUCUGUCUGAAGAUAAACUGAAAGAGAAGGCCAGCGAGCUCUGGCAGUGGAUGAUGCAGCUGGAGGCCGAGAAGUUCGACCUCGGCGAGAAACUGAAGAGGCAGAAAUAUGACAUCACUCAGCUACUGGCUAGAGUCAAAGAUCACCAGAGUGCCAAAGGUCGUGGCAAGGCCAAGGUUGGCGGCAGGCUGAGGUAAACGUGCAGCGAAUCGAAACACCCCAGAGAUCCAGAAGACUUUGCCACCUUCUUCACAUAUGCAGUUGUAGUCAUAAUAAAGCCAUUGUUCUGUUUGACUGCA